GUAUUUCCUCUAAACAUCCUACAACAAUAAGCUACUCAUCAUGUCAGAUGACAGCAAGGUAUGGUUCAUUUGCCUAUUUUGAGUUUAGAGGAGAAAUUACUAACAAUAUAGUAGGUCACUAACACAGCAAUAGGUCUCACUGGUUUGAUCCAUGGCCUGAAAUCUGACCACUAUUGCCGUUUUGUUUAAAAUAGGAGCGAAUAAGUUGUUUCAUAAAGUCACAACCUAGGACUGAUAUUGACCUCUUAUUUAUCCACCAGAGCGUGAAAUGGGAGGAUCCCCCGGAUGACCAAAAUAAAGUAGUGGAGAACAUGAAGGAUGAAACAGAGACACAUGAGACCAACAAGAACAGGACAGGAGGCAAGGCUAAACGUAAGUCCAGUGGCGGUGCCAAGAAGACUUCCGUGGAGGAGGACAGCAGCAUUGGUGCAGAGUCUUCUCAGACACCCGGGUGUGGUUUCCGGGAAAGGGGAUCUAUCAUUGAGCAGCUGGAGAAGGAGGCUCAGAAAACUCUAAUGCCUUCUCUCAAGAUUGGGACAUGCUGUGCCCCAAUCCUCCUCUCCUUCCUGAGGAGUCUAACUGAUGACCAAUGGAGAGUGAUUCAGCAGGGCAUGAAAAAUAAUCUCACAUUCGAGCAGCUCUCCAUGCUGUGUCUGAAGAUUGUUAAAGUCGUGACCCAGACAGCCCUCCGCAUUCUCCUACCAGCGGUAGCUCGUAUCAUGGGGGUGAACCUGAGGAGUGGGGCAACCUCCCCAGAAUCCCAGUGCUCUCUGACAGGGUCUGAGGAUUCCUUAGGCGGUCUGGAUGAGAGAGAGAAAAGGCUGCUGAUCAGUGAGAUGAACUAUUGGACUAAGGAGAGGAGGAGGAAUGGCAGUGCAGGAUGCCGCCAAAAAUCCACUCGCAGAACCUCAUCACCAUGCUGUUCGCCAAAGAGGUAUGUUCACAGCAAUAUUUCAACAUAAUAAUUGCAAGACCUGAUCCAUACUUAUCAUAAAUUAUUAACUUGGAAUUCACACCUUGUAGUUUUAAGUUCUGGUCAGAAAUGUUGCCACUGGGGGGGGUGGGUCCAGGUGAAAGUCAUUUUUAACUGGGUAAGCCAUGAAGUCAUCUAUGAAUAAAUAGAUCAGGUACAUGCCUUUCAGAAAUAAUCAUAUUCUGAUGUCGUACAAACAUAAAAAUCAGG